GAAAGAAAAGAAAACAAAUCAACAAAGUCCCAGACGCAACUGCAAAGCCCUCGCGCUAUGCGCUGGUCUGAGAUGAGGAUGCGAUUGCUGCACUUUAAACUUUGACCGGACUGCUAUAACCACCUGUUCGUUUGUUUGUUGUGUUGCGUUGUGUUGUGGAGAGACAUUUUGGAUACACUAUGCGACCGAGGAUGGAUACGUGUUUGUUUAGACUGUUUGUGUUUACCUUUCUUUUGACGCUGCUGUGUGGAGUUUAUGCCAGAGAGUUGCUCUGUCAGGAGAUCACCGUGCCGUUGUGUAAGGGGAUCGGGUACAAUCACACUUACAUGCCCAAUCAGUUUAACCACGACACGCAGGAUGAAGCGGGAUUGGAGGUGCACCAGUUUUGGCCGUUGGUGGAGAUCCAGUGUUCGCCGGAUUUGCGUUUCUUCCUCUGUAGUAUGUACACACCGAUCUGUUUGGAGGACUACAAGAAGCCGCUGCCGCCUUGCCGUAGUGUCUGCGAGCGCGCGAAAGCAGGCUGCGCUCCUCUCAUGAGGCAGUACGGUUUCCCGUGGCCGGACCGGAUGAGGUGUGAUCUGCUGCCAGUUCAGGGAGAUCCCGACACGCUCUGCAUGGAUUACAACCGGACUGACCCCACGACAGCUUCUCCGGCGGCCGCCAAAACCACCAAACGUCCAGUUAAACCACAUUAUCCACGAAAGAACAAGAACGGACACGGACGCGCGCCUGGGAAUGGUAAACACCGACCCCCGUCCUCGUGUGAGCAGGGCUGUCACUGUCGUGCCCCAAUGGUGCCCUUGAUUAACGACCGUCACCCUCUUUAUAACCGGGUUAAAACAGGACAGAUCCCAAACUGCGCAAUGCCGUGUCAUAGCCCGUAUCUAACUCAGGAAGAGAGGACGUUUACGACUUUUUGGAUAGGCCUGUGGUCGGUGCUGUGCUUCGUCUCCACAUUCGCGACUGUUGCCACUUUCCUCAUUGACAUGGAAAGAUUCAAGUACCCAGAGCGGCCCAUCAUUUUCUUAUCCGCGUGCUACAUGUUUGUAUCCGCGGGCUACAUCGUAAGACUUGUGGCUGGGCACGAGAGAGUUGCGUGCGGAGGCGGAGCGGGGUUCGAUGCGCAGCACGUUCACUACGAGACCACGGGUCCUGCGCUUUGCACGAUGGUCUUCUUGCUGGUCUACUUCUUCGGGAUGGCGAGCUCGCUCUGGUGGGUCAUUUUGUCGUUCACGUGGUUUCUGGCCGCCGGCAUGAAGUGGGGCAACGAGGCCAUCGCGAGCUACUCGCAGUACUUUCACCUGGCCGCGUGGCUCAUCCCCAGCAUGAAGUCCAUCGCUGCUCUCGCGCUCAGCUCAGUGGACGGCGACUCUGUGGCCGGUAUCUGCUAUGUGGGGAACCAGAACUUGGACAACCUGCGGGGGUUCGUGCUGGCGCCGCUCGUGAUCUAUUUGUUUAUUGGUACGAUGUUUCUCUUGGCGGGGUUCGUGUCUCUGUUUAGGAUUAGGAAUGUGAUAAAGCAAGGCGGGACGAAAACGGAUAAACUGGAGAGGCUGAUGAUCCGGAUCGGAAUUUUCACAGUGCUCUACACUGUUCCGGCUACAAUCAUAGUGGCAUGUUACUUUUACGAGCAACACAACCGGGAGACUUGGGAGACAACGCACGCCUGCUCGUGCGCGUCCCAACGCAAACCGGAUUACGCUGUGUUCAUGCUCAAGUAUUUCAUGUGUUUACUGGUCGGCAUUACGUCUGGCGCGUGGGUAUGGUCUAGCAAGACACUAGAGACGUGGCGGCGCUUCUGUACGCGGUGCCGCUGGGGAGCCAAAGGCACGAGCGGCUCGCUGUACAGCGACGUGAGCACAGGACUGACCUGGAGGUCGGGCACCGCCAGUUCUGUCUCGUGUGUCCCUAAACAGAUGCCACUGUCGCGGGUUUGAUGAUAAGCGAAGGGGGUAGGGUGGAGACAAGACUUCAUUGACUCUGUCAUUAGAGAAAGGAGUAUUUGUCUACCAGCGUGUAAUGAUUAGCACGAUAAUAAGAGCCUAAUGGUUUUAAUUACACGGGUAGCACUGGAGACCGACGGGCAGACCGACAUAAACGGUCCUGUUUUCAUUCACUCGCCUUUGCAGACGCCCCGAGUGGCAUUUGUCCUCACUGUAAAACAGAAAGUAAUGUAUCCAACACAUCGAUAACAAUACCAGAUUCCCUGAGCAGAACGCGACUCUCACAGCUUCACAUUACAGUCUGAAAGAAACACGAGACAGAAACACGAGAACGAUGAAAAUCACAAUGCGCAGACUGAUGAAGUGCCUCUAUAAUGUGCCACACUGGUGUUUUCAAAUGUUGUAAUAUGUAUUUAUAUAAAUGA